GGUUGCGAUUGGAUUCAAUGUACUCAAUGCAAAAUAGAAAUUUGUUGGCCAACACAAGGUCCUCGUUGGGGUCCGAAGGGACGUGGUGAUACAUCUGGAGGUUGUCGAUGUCGUGUGGACAAUGGGAAACUUUGUGUACCAAAUUGUCAAAAUUGUCAUUAA